AGGGGUUUUGAGCUUUGAACUCUCUCUUUCUUCUUAGAUUUUUUUUUUCUUCUUCUUCUCCUUCAUAAGAUCCUCGUGAUUCCACUUUAUAACGCCUCCUUUUUUGUAAAUCUCUCUAUAAACUCCGUUUCUCUCGCCUUGUCUCCUUUUGAGGUUUCAUUUCAAACUUCCUCUCCAAAAUUCUAAAACUUUUUUCCCAUGAACGGCGACGGCGUUUGGCUUGACGGCGGCGGAGAAAGAUCUCCGGAGGUUGAUAACGGCGAAGCUGCGUCGUGGGUCAGAAACCCAGAUGAAGACUGGUUCAGUAACCCAACACCAUCACAACAUCUACAAGAUUCUCAAAUCCUCCACAGUAGUAAUAAUAACCAAAGUGACUUCAGAUUCAGUGGUGGCUUUCCUUUAAACCCGUCUGAGAAUCUGCUUCUUCUUCUUCAGCAAUCGAUUGAUUCUUCUUCUUCUUCUGCUCCGUUGCAUCCUUUCACACUCGACGCUGCUUCACAGCAACUGCGACAACAACAGGAACAGUCUUUCUUAGCUACAAAAGCUUGUAUCGCUUCUCUUCUCAGUGUCCCAACAAGCAGCAACAACAACGCUUUUGAUGAAUUUGGCUUCGAUUCUGGUUUCUUAGGACAACAGUUCCAUGGAAACCAAACUCCAAACUCGAUGAGUUUCGCUGGAUUGAGCCACCCUGGGCCGGACUUUCUCACUUCCCGGUCGAUCCCGGCGCCGGAAAACAGCAGCGGAUCUUGUGGACUGAGUCCUCUGUUCGAGAACAGAGCAAAAGUUCUGAAACCGUUAGAGGUGUUGGCUUCAUCCGGCUCGCAGCCAACGUUGUUCCAGAAACGAGCUGCGAUGCGUCAGAGCUCGAGUAGCAAAAUGUGCAACUCAGAGAGUUCUUCUGAAAUGAGGAAGUCGAGCUACGAGAGAGAGAUCGACGAUACUAGUACCGGAAUCAUUGAUAUCUCUGGAUUAAAUUACGAAUCUGAUGAGCAUAAUAAUAAUAAAGGUAAGAAGAAAGGCAUGCCUGCUAAGAAUCUAAUGGCUGAGAGAAGAAGAAGGAAGAAGCUUAACGAUAGGCUUUACAUGCUUAGAUCAGUUGUUCCCAAUAUCAGCAAAAUGGAUAGAGCAUCAAUACUUGGAGAUGCCAUUGAUUAUCUUAAAGAGCUCUUACAAAGAAUAAAUGAUCUUCAUACUGAACUCGAAUCUACUCCACCGAGUUCUUCAAGCUUGCAUCCGUUAACACCAACUCCACAAACGCUGUCUUACCGUGUCAAGGAAGAGUUGUGCCCAUCUUCCUCCUUGCCAAGCCCUAAAGGCCAACAACCAAGAGUUGAGGUUAGAUUAAGGGAAGGGAAGGCAGUGAACAUUCACAUGUUCUGUGGUCGUAGACCUGGUCUUUUGCUUUCCACCAUGAGAGCUUUGGAUAACUUAGGAUUGGAUGUUCAACAAGCAGUGAUUAGCUGUUUCAACGGUUUUGCUUUGGAUGUUUUCCGCGCUGAGCAAUGCCAAGAAGACCAUGAAGUGUUGCCUGAACAAAUCAAAGCAGUGCUUUUAGACACAGCAGGUUACGCUGGUUUGGUUUGAUUUGAAUGCGAGAAAGAAGGAAGCAGCUGCGUAGUAGAGCAGAGCUAGAUCUAAGCCUAGUCAGCAAUUUUCUUACUUAGUUUCAUCAAAUUUUAAUCAUGUAUUUCAGAUGAUAACUGUUUUAAUUUUAGCUUUGAAAACAUGUGUUUGAGUACAUAAUUUCAACUUUUUGCCAAAAUGCCAUUGUUUCUCAAUAAUUCUGCUUAGCUUUUCAUU